GUGAACUUUCUGUGGAAGGCAUACAAGACCCAUUCCUUGUUAGUGUACAUAUUAUCACAGACCCAGGGGAAUCCAAGACUCUUCAGCAAGCCAUCGAUAAGCUUCUAGCCUGGAUCCAUCCAGACCUCCAGCUGUUUCGAGUCUCAGAAAGACGGGUGCCCAAGAAGCGCAGGAAGCCAGGUAAAGCUGGUGUUUCUCAGCCAGCCCUUGCCGUCAUUCUGUUUCUGCAGGAGGAAUAUGGAGAAGAACCAAUCUUGCAGCUCCACGAAACCUUUCAGCGACCACCUUGGCAUUACCACCACACCGAGAGAGUGCAUGGGAAGUUCCUCCCUUACAUGCCAUGCAGCCAGGACUUUUACACUUUGGCUCCAGAGACUCCUCUGUGGGCCAUUCGCCCAGUGCACUACGGGAAAGAAAUUAUCCGCUUCACUAUAUACUGCAGGAGUGAAAACUUCGUUGAUAUUUUGAAAUUGUACGAGUUAAUACUGAAAAGGCCAAUAUGUCAGAAAAAAGCAGACUUUUGUGUGUUUCCCGUCUAUUCUAACAUGGAAAUAGACAUUCAGUUUUCUUUAAAAAAACUUCCAAAGGGGCAGGUGCCAAUGCCAACAGAGUCAGCGGUGCUGGAGUUCAGGGUAAAAGAUGUGGGGCAGCUUGUGCCUCUCUUGCCCAACCCUUGCAGCCCCAUCAGUGAAGGCAGGUGGCAGACAGAAGACCACGAUGGAAAUAGGAUCCUUUUGCAGGCAGCAGAGGUGGUGCCUCCUUACAGAUUGCUGGAGACUGGCCAUAACCGAAGCAAAGACCUGGGACAAGAGGACUCUGACAAUGCACAAAAUACCCUCUUGGAU